AGUUCCUCAAGGACUUCGGAGACCUCAAAACCGAGGAGCAGGUGCAGAAGCUGCAGGCGCUGCUGAAGCCGAUGAUGCUGCGGCGCCUGAAGGAGGACGUGGAGAAGAACCUGGCGCCCAAGCAGGAAACGAUCAUCGAGGUGGAGCUGACCAACGCCCAGAAGCGCCUGUACCGCGCCAUCCUCGAGAGGAACUUCGCUUACCUGGCCAGGGGGGCGGGGCACGGCAACGUGCCCAACCUGCUCAACACCAUGAUGGAGCUGCGCAAGUGCUGCAACCACCCCUACCUCAUCAACGGUGCCGAGGAGCAGAUCGUGGCCGAGCUCCGUGACUCGCUGCCCUCACCUGCCCCACCUGACCUGGCUCUGCAGGCUCUCGUGCGCUCGGCAGGGAAGUUGGUGCUCCUGGACAAGCUGCUGCCGCGGCUGCGCGCCGGCGGCCACAAGGUGCUCGUACAAGGUAAAAACGGGAUAAAAAACCUGGGCAUCCUGGAGGAUUACCUGAUCCAGAAACGGUACCCCUAUGAGCGGAUCGAUGGCCGUGUCCGGGGGAACCUGCGCCAGGCCGCCAUCGAUCGUUUCAGCCGGCCCGACUCGGAUCGCUUCGUGUUCCUGCUCUGCACCCGCGCCGGCGGCCUCGGCAUCAACCUGACAGCGGCCGACACCUGCAUCAUCUUCGACUCGGACUGGAACCCCCAGAACGACCUGCAGGUAAAGACAUCACCUGGCUGGGGGAGGGAUUGGGGGUGGGACCCCCAGAACGACCUGCAGGUGGGGUUUGGGACCCCCAGAACGACCUGCAGGUAAAGGCAGCACCUGUUUGGGGGAGGUGAAUUGGGGUUU